CAAUGGAGUCCCAUUCCACACUGAGCCAAUCCAACAAGAGCAGGUGGAGGAUUGGCCAAUCGAAUCGCGGCAGUGCGCGCUCUCCUCCCGCCCCCUGCUCGUUCAGCAGACACUCCACUGAACUGAGGACUGUGGAGGUACAGUAGCUUACGGCUCUGUCACUUCACACGUAUUAAAAAAAAUGACACGAUGUUAGUCAGACACAAGCCAGUGGCGGUGCCACCGCCGAGCCUCGUCGCUCCACAUGGACACGGAACAUACUAAUCGCUGAAAGCGUCACCCACACACGUCUGUAGCGGUUUGGUCCUUUUUUUAAAUUUAUUUAUUAAAAAAGCAACGAUGGCAAGUUUGUCCAGAGGACCUCCGUGAGAAGAGGAGCUCCGGUUCUCGCGGAACGCAGAGUCGGACCCCGAGGACGAGGGAUGUGUCCUCGGCUGUUCUCGUGGCUGCUGCUGCCCUGCUGCCUGGACGUGUUCAGGCACGAGCUCCCGGGCGCUCGGGCGGCCUCGGCACCCAGUGCCGCAAAAACUUUAGUGUGGGGACCCGGGCUGGAGGCCGACGUCGUCCUGCCGGCGCGGUUUCUCUACAUCCAGGCGGUGGACAGCUCGGGGAACAAUUUAACAGCGUCGCCCGGCGAGAAUACUUUUGAGGUGAAGAUCGUGUCUCCGGUGGAGCAGUUCACCAGGAUUUGGAUCCAGGUCUUGGAUCGUCGCGAUGGUUCAUUCCUUGUCCGCUACAGAAUGUACGCCACCUACACGGACCUUCACAUCCACAUCCUGCUCAAGAACAAGCAUAUCGCCAAGUCGCCGUUCGUCCUCAAAGGCCCAGUCUACCAUGAGGGCUGUGACUGUCCCCAGCACAGUGGUUCCUUGUGGGAGGCCGACAUGCACUGCCCUCAGUCUUUCCCCCAGAUCGACAGGGACCUGUCCCUUUACACGAGUGUUGACCCUGAGCGCAACGCUCGGGAGAUCCCGCAGCGCUUUGGACAGCGGCAAAGCCUCUGCCAUUAUACCAUCAAAGACAACAAGGUCUACGUGAAAACCUUUGGAGAACAUGUGGGUUUUAGAAUCUUCAUGGAUGCUAUCCUCCUGUCACUCACCAGGAAGGUGCAGCUCCCUGAUAUGGAGUUUUUUGUUAACCUAGGGGACUGGCCAUUAGAGAAGAGGAAACCCACUGACAACAUUCAUCCCAUCUUUUCUUGGUGCGGCUCGAACAACACCAGAGAUAUAGUCAUGCCCACUUAUGACCUGACUGAGUCUGUCCUCGAGACCAUGGGAAGAGUGAGCCUGGACAUGAUGUCGGUUCAGGCCAACUCGGGCCCUUCGUGGCCGGAGAAGAAUGCCACGGCCUUCUGGAGGGGGAGGGACAGUCGUCAGGAGCGACUGGAGCUGGUCAAGCUUUCGAGGGCCCACCCGGACAUGAUAGACGCGGCUUUCACCAACUUCUUCUUCUUCAAACACGACGAGAGCCUCUACGGGCCGCUGGUCAAACACGUCUCUUUCUUCGACUUUUUCAAGUACAAGUAUCAGAUAAACAUUGACGGCACCGUGGCAGCGUACCGGCUGCCGUACCUGUUGGCAGGAGACAGUGUGGUGUUAAAGCAGGAUUCCGGCUACUACGAGCAUUUCUACAAUGAGCUGCGACCGUGGGAGCACUACAUCCCGAUACGGGCGGACCUGGGAGACCUGCUGGAAAAGAUCCAGUGGGCCCGUGACCAUGAUGAAGAGACUAAGAGAAUUGCACUGGCGGGUCAGCAGUUUGCCCGCAAUCAUCUCAUGGGAGACAAAAUAUUUUGUUACUACUACAAACUUUUUCAGGAGUAUGCCAAACUCCAGGUCACAGAGCCUGAGGUCCGCGAAGGCAUGGAGCUUGUACAGCAGCCCACUGAUGACCUGUUUCCAUGUUCCUGCCACAGGACAAGGACUAAAGAUGAACUUUGAUUGACCUACCACCCACCCAAUUGCCGAGCAGUCCUUUUUUAUCUGAUACAUUGCCAAAUAAUUUGUACCGGUGUGCAUUAACUGUGUGCCUGUGUGAUUUUAAUAUCAACUAAUGUCAUUUUUUUUUAAUAAAUGUCUUUUUUUAUAUGUUCAAA